CUCAGUCCAUGCACCGGUAUGCUCGUCCUGCAGCGGAUUUUGGUAGAGGGAAUACUUAAAGAGUCAGGAAAGGAGAGUUGCAAGUUAAUUGGUAACUUCUGAAACACUUUGAACAGGCACAAGUUAUAACAGACAGCAGAAUGGCUGGACUCAAGUAUAUGAGUGGUUUUGGGAAUGAGUUCUCUUCUGAAGACCCCCGCUGUCCUGGAUCCUUACCUGAAGGACAGAGCAAUCCUCAAUUGUGUCCAUAUGGUCUGUAUGCUGAGCAGCUCUCUGGAUCUGCCUUCACCUGCCCACGGCCAGCCAACAAGAGGAGCUGGUUGUACCGCAUACUGCCGUCUGUCAAACAUAAGCCUUAUACUGCAAUGCCCUGUGGGAACCUCACAGAGAACUGGAACGAAGUGGAGCCUGAUCCUAACCAGCUGCGAUGGCUGCCAUUCACCAUUCCCAAAGCUACAGUAAAGAAAGUGGACUUUGUGGCUGGUCUGCAUACUGUCUGUGGUGCUGGGGAUACCAAAUCUCGGAACGGCAUUGCCAUCCACAUGUACACUUGCAACACCUCCAUGGUUGACAGGUGCUUCAACAACUCAGAUGGAGACUUUCUGAUUGUACCCCAGCAGGGUGAGAUCUUGAUCACCACAGAGUUUGGGAAGAUGAUGGUCGAGCCGAACGAGAUCUGUGUCAUCCAGCAAGGCAUGCGCUUCAGUGUGGACGUAUUUGGAGAAAGCAGAGGCUAUAUGCUGGAGGUGUAUGGAGCACAUUUUGAAAUCCCUGACCUUGGACCCAUAGGAGCCAAUGGUCUGGCCAACCCUAGAGAUUUCCUGUGUCCAGUUGCAUGUUAUGAGGACCGCAAAGUGGCCACAGGUUACACUGUCAUCAACAAGUACCAAGGAAAACUCUUUGCCAGCCAACAGGAUUUCUCGCCAUUCAAUGUGGUCGCCUGGUACGGAAACUACACACCUUACAAAUACAACCUGAAGAACUUCAUGGUUAUCAACUGUGUGGCCUUCGACCAUGCGGAUCCAUCUAUCUUUACUGUGCUGACUGCCAAAUCCACACGACCAGGUGUAGCCAUUGCUGACUUUGUCAUCUUCCCCCCCAGGUGGGGUGUGGCUGACCACACCUUCCGUCCACCAUAUUAUCACCGUAACUGUAUGAGUGAAUUCAUGGGUCUGAUCAAAGGCCACUAUGAGGCCAAAGAGGAAGGUUUCCAGCCAGGCGGGGCCAGCCUCCACAGCAUAAUGACCCCACACGGCCCGGAUGCUGAUUGCUUCGAGAAGAACAGCACUGCUGAGCUCAAACCUGAGAGGGUGGCUGAGGGAACCAUGGCGUUCAUGUUUGAGUCAUCUUUCAGUAUGGCUGUGACCAAGUGGGGUCUGGAGACAUGUCAGAGGCUUGACAAAAGCUACUAUCUGUGCUGGGAAUCUCUCCGCAGCCACUUUAAUCCCAACUGGAAGCCCAGCAAACAAUAGAAAAAAAAUGACAGAAAAAUGAUGAAAAGAAAAUCCUAUUUUCACUUUAGUACAUUUAGUAACCACAAACACAGUAUAUCUGGUCUCUUUGUGAAAUUAUAUUAGGUAAUUUUAUGCAGAUCACUGAGAUUGGAUUUUCACUAAAAAUCACAUCUAGGCUACACAAACAAUGACACAAAGCUGUAAAGGUCCGUCAUACAGAACAUGCUCUUUGCGGGUUUCUCCUUCUUUUAGUUUAAAGAUUAAACGCAUCAUAAAACGGACACUUCCAAUUUCCUGGAAAACUGAAUCUUUAAAGUUUUAGAGAAGACAUAAAAUAUCCCUCCUCUUAUAAAUGAAAAAGGAAAUUCAUGAGCACAAAUUGACUCCUCAGUGCACCCUUAAGCUUUGCCAUUACAGCUGUCUUGGUCUGGUCUGACCCAGCUAAUGUUAACAAUUAAAUAUAUUCCUGUAUCACCAA